AUGAUAUACAAUCAGGAUAAUGUUGCCGACAUCCCCAGCGUGGACCUUUUGACUUUCCUGUUCGAGUCCGAACACUGUGCAGCAAAAGAAGACACGCCCUUGUACGCGGUAGCCAGCGAUCCAACCAAAGUCAUCACAAAGUCGCAAGCACGAGUUGUAACUCGUCAAUUCGCUCAUUUCUUCCGUCAUGAGUAUGGCAUUGGACAGAAUGGACCCGGUGAAGAUGUGGUAGCUACAGUGUCUACUGGCCAACAUGCACUUGCAUGCCUCUUCUUUGGUGUCAUUGCCGCCGAGGGAAUUUACUCUGCGGCCAGUCCAGGUGCCACGGCCGAGGAGCUGGUCAGACAGAUGCGAGAUGGACCUGCCAAAGUGAUUGUUUGCAGUACGGAUGUCAAGGCUCUCGCAGAAGCGGCGGCUGAGAUCGUCGGUUUGACAAAGAGAAAUGUCCUUGUUCUGGAGUCUACACCGGAUAUCAAGCUGGAAAGUAUUGAUGGAAGCGUUCGCUGUACCUUCGAUCAAGAGUUGCAAUGGAGGAAGAUUACCGACGCCAACGAACUCGAGCAUAGCAAGACUUGUAUGCUUUACUCAUCCGGUACCACGGGUCUGCCCAAGGGGGUUCUGAUAUCACAUCAGAAUAUGGUAGCAGAAGCCUUCUUACCAGCAUACAUUAACAGACCCAUCUGGAAAGAGUGGGCAGCAGCAGGAAAGCCUUUUGAACUACGCACUCUGGCACACCUUCCAACAGCACAUGUUUCAGGCGUGCAAGGAUAUUUUGUCAACGCCUUUUACGACGGAGGAAUAGUUUACUGGAUGUCCUCAUUCGACUUUGGCAAUUUCUUGAAGUACAAUGUGCAGUAUAAGAUUACGACAUUUUUCAGUCUGCCGAAGAUCUAUCUGGGACUAGCCAGACAUCCGGCGGUGACUAAUCAGUUGAGAUCGCUGAAAAUCGCUUAUUCUGGAGCCACUCCGUUGAACAAAGAGGUCUACCAUUGUGCAAAGUUCGGAGGCGAGGGAGAAGAAAGAACGCUCCUUAGCCAGACCUGGGGUGCAAGUGAAACCACUGGUGCAGUCACUCAUGUUUCCCCUGCUGCGAGAGAUACAUCCGGAAGCGUAGGCGAACUGCUGCCCAACAUGUUGAUACGACUGGUCGACGAGAACGACAACGAUGUUCCUGUUGGUGAGCCUGGCGAAGCACUACUCAAAGGACCAUUGAUAACCCAAGGCUACCACCAAAAUCCUGAGGCAAAUGCAGCGGGUUUCACCACAGACGGCUGGUACCGCACAGGUGAUAUGAUGCGAUUUAAAGACAACAACGACCUUCUUUACGUAGUCGGCCGCACGAAGGAAAUCAUCAACUACAAUGGCCUGAAAGUUGCGCCUGCCGAGCUGGAAGCAGUGCUGUGUGAACAUCCGUUCAUUGCCGAUGCAGCUGUGGCUGGAGUCAGGGCUCAUGUUCCAGAAGUCCCACGCGCCUUUGUCGCACUCCGCCCUGGCGUUGAUGUCUGCCAGAAGACAGUAGAGGACAUACAAGAUUUUAUCAAGCAGCGUCUCUCAGAUCACAAACAGCUGCGGGGCGGUGUGGCUUUUGUGGAAACCGUGCCCAGGCUCUUGUCCGGGAAAAUAUGGCGGGCCAAGUUGGAGGAAAUGAUUGCAGGUUGUGGAUAG